AUGGCGGCAUCACUGUUCACCUUAUCCUCCACUUCAAGAAGAGUCGUCCCAGCUCCAAACUCUCCUCCUCUUCCCAUAUACAUCAAAGCCACAAACGUCGUUUUCAAUCCUGAUAUACCAGAUGUUCAUCGAGGUCUUGGACUUGAUGAUUUUGUAAAUUUCUUAGUCUCCUGUCGACUUCGAUACGCAAUCAGUGACGUUCCAUCAGAUUUCUUUCCCGAACAAGUAUGUGAGUUCUACUACACUGCAACGAUUAAUCAUCAGAACAACGUCAUCUCCGAGACUAUUGGGCGUGGCAGACACUCUGUUUUUAUCACCGCUGACCUCCUUAGUGCUCCACUCAGGUUACCAAUCCUUGAACCAUUCUCUGAGCUUCCAAUUAUUGAACCCUGUCGAUGCCUCUUUGAUCAACUGGGCUAUGAUCACUCAAAGGCUGGUGCUCGAUCAGCUCUCAUUCUGCGUCAAUGUAUGACUCCAGGAUGGAAGUUCUUCACCGGGGCUCUGUGCAAAUGUGUGGGUCACAAAUCUCGCAGUGGUGAUCAAAUGAGCACUUAUGACCAACAAGUUGUCUGUUCCCUUCUUCUAAACAAACGACUUGAUUAUGGGGCUUUCUUUUUUGAUCAGCUUGUCCAAAUUCUUCGUGCAAAUGAUGAUCCAAUGGAAACUGACAUCGGCAUCUCUAAUCGAAUGAGAGAAUGGAUCGUGAAUCCAUAUACUGUUCCUUCACUAACCGCUGAUACUGAUGAAGGAGCUGCUGCUCAAGGGGAGCAACCAUCUCAGGGGGAGCAACCAUCCCAGGGGGAGCAACCUUCUCCGGGGGAGCAACAUCGCUCUCAAGAAGUUCCAGGUACUCAAUUCCUUCAUAUACCGGCCUCAACAUUUAAUGAGCUUUUGACACUGACUCGGGACAUGAGUCAGCGUCUUUUACGAAUUGAGGCGGAUGUCCAUCAGCUGAAGGGAGUUCUCUUGCCAACUCCUUCCCCUGGCCCACAACAUGAUGAUGAUCAAAAAGGCGGAGAAACUGAUGAUGAUCAAAACGAGGGAGAAACUGAAUCUGUUGAGCUCGGAUCUGAGGAUAACAUUUUAAACCAGACUGAGCCACCACAGCCAGUGCACGAGUCUGAUAGACCAGCUGCUGACGAGUCUGAUAGACCAGCAGAUACUGAAAAGCUUUCUGAAGAUAGUGAGCAUGAUGAUGAAUAUGAUGAUGAGUGUCAAAUGCUGGACAUUAACUUCAUUGAUCCCACUAUUUCAGUUCCAGGAGAAGCCUCAAAUGAUAAUGAAGAUGAACAUGAUGAUGAAUGUCAAAUGCUAGAUAUGAAAUUCAUUGAUCCCAUUAUGCCAGUUCAAGGAGAAGAUUCAGAUGUAGCUACAUAA